UGGCGGGCUGCGGCUGUUGGCGGCCGCUUCCUUGGUGGUUGUUUGCGCGCGCUUUGCGGGUCGUUGCCGCUGCGAGGAUGUUCGAGGCGCGGCUGGUGCAGGGCUCGGUGCUCAAGCGGGUGCUGGAGGCCCUCAAGGACCUCAUCACCGAGGCCUGCUGGGACCUGGGCUCGGGCGGCAUCAGCCUGCAGAGCAUGGACUCCUCGCACGUCUCCCUGGUGCAGCUCACGCUGCGCUCCGAAGGCUUCGACACCUACCGCUGCGACCGCAACAUCGCCAUGGGCGUCAACCUCGCCAGCAUGUCUAAAAUACUGAAAUGUGCUGGAAAUGAGGACAUAAUAACUCUCAGAGCAGAAGACAACGCGGAUACCCUAGCUCUAGUGUUUGAAGCACCAAAUCAAGAGAAAGUGUCUGAUUAUGAGAUGAAGCUAAUGGAUCUGGAUGUGGAGCAGCUUGGAAUUCCUGAACAAGAAUAUAGUUGUGUUGUGAAGAUGCCUUCUGCUGAAUUUGCACGCAUCUGCAGAGAUCUCAGCCACAUUGGAGAUGCAGUUGUUAUCUCUUGUGCAAAAGAUGGUGUGAAAUUUUCAGCUAAUGGAGAGCUAGGAAAUGGAAACAUCAAGCUGUCACAGACCAGUAAUGUGGAUAAAGAAGAGGAAGCUGUAACAAUAGAGAUGAAUGAGCCUGUCCAAUUAACCUUUGCUUUGAGGUACUUGAACUUUUUUACCAAAGCCACUCCACUGUCACCUACAGUAACACUUAGUAUGUCUGCAGAUGUUCCUCUUGUUGUGGAGUACAAGAUUGCUGAUAUGGGACACUUAAAAUACUAUCUGGCUCCAAAGAUUGAAGAUCAACAAGAAGGCUCUUAACUGGACUAGGACUGAGGGAGAGAUCUGCUCAGCCCUUUGGAGAAGACAACUGACUUUAAGAAGGAAAUUGCCCAGGCAGUUUAUUAGCAGUUUCAGUGCAUUGGAUCAUCAGAUGAGCACUGCUAGGCAUGUUUUGUAGAUAUCUCUGUAAAUAUUCUUCAGCUUACUAUUUUGCUAUACUGAUGUCAUUCAAAAUAGGAAUUUUUGCUUUUCUAGUCUAUUCCUGUACCUCCAAUAGUCUUAUAUGCAUUCUUUAGAUGGAAUCCUCUGCUCCUUUUGAUUUGUGUUAGAAAAGGAGUGCAAUAUUUAACUUGAGUAAAGAUGACAUUUGCUAGUUUCACCUGUGAACUGUAGUUCACUAGGGUUACUGUUUAAUGAUGCCAUGAGUUCAUUCAACCUUUCUUUGUUUUUGAAGUGGUAUUCUAACUGAAAUGUGGAAAACAAAAAUAAACAUGGUUUGAAGUUUU